CUCCAAUCCAUCGCAUUCCGUUCGCCCCAUAUCCUGCAAGUAUUCUAGCCAGCCGCAAUCGCAAAUCCAUGAGCAACCAGCGGACGCCUCCAGCGGCUGCCGUCCCUCCGCUCCUCGCCUUCCUCCUCGCCCCCCCAAUCAAACCCUAACCCUACGCCGCUCCCGCUCCCCCGGUCGCUCUGCCCCUCUAGCGAGGUCGAUCGGUGCCGGCCGGUCGAUUUAAUAACAGCAUGAGCGGCGCCGAGCGGGACGCCGCGCGUGGGAGCGCCAUCGACUCCUUCUCGCAGCUGCCGUUCAUCCGCUCGUCGGCGCGCGAGAAGCAACAGCCGGCGGCGACGGCGGCGUCAGGAGCCGGGACGCCGCCGGCGGGUAUCCGGCUGUUCGGGUUCGACGUCCCGCCGGACGCGGCCAUGGGCUCCUCGACCGGCUCGAAAGAAGAGGCCUUUGCCAAGGAAAGCCCCGCCGCGGCCGUCGCUACGGACGACGCGGCCGCCGAGACGGCGGCGGGCGCGAGCCGCGGCGGAGGGGGCAGCCGGAAGUUCGAGUGCCACUACUGCUGCCGGAACUUCCCGACGUCGCAGGCGCUGGGCGGGCACCAGAACGCGCACAAGCGGGAGCGGCAGCACGCCAAGCGCGCGCAGUUCCACACCGCCAUGGCCAUGCACCACGGCCAGUACUACUACCCGCACCUCCACCACCACCACCCGGUCCCGGACCCCGCCCAGCUCUACCCCGCCGCCCUCGCCGCGUACCACCACCGCCUCGCCGCCUCGCCGCCGCCGCACUACCCGGCGUGGGUGGGCGCCGGCAGCGGCAGGUACUACAGCGGGCCCGGGUCCAUCUCGCAGCCGAUCAACGGCAGCCCCGUGGCGACGCCGCCGCCCGCGCUCUGGCGAGUCCCCUCGGGCGGCAUCGGCGUGGGGACGCCGCUGGCGGUGCACGGAGGCGAGGAGCCGGUGGUCGUAGGAGGAGCUGUCUCGGCGCCCUUCUCGGCGUCGACCUCCUCGUCGUCAUCGUCGGCUUCGCCUCACAAGCGCCCCGCCCCGCCGGAGUGUAAAGAGAAUGUGAGUUUGGAUCUGAGCUUGUAGUCUCGGGAAAUGACCGCCGUCGAUCGGUCGGUGAUAGGCUUAUAAUUGUUGCCUUUUCUUACGAAACAAAAACGAGUGCCCUCUUUUUUUUGGCCUCCUCUUUCAUGCUUGCAAUUAUUCAGUUCAGCUUCAAUACCAAUUAGGACGCUCAAAAGAAAAAUAUGAACUUUCUCA